GUCCACCCCCAUACGUGCCAGAAGCCUUCCGAGGAAGGAAGCGAGGUUGAGAACCGAAGGCGGUGGGCCCCACCCCGUCAGCCUCUCUCCUCUCAUCUAGCCGCCGCCUCUCCCCUCGCCGGUGGUGGGUCUCGUCUCGUCUCGCCUCUCCCCCAUAAAAGCCAAACCCCCACAAAGCCUUGCCCCUCCUUCUCUUUCAUCUCGCCUCCUUCCCCCCCACACCACGUCGCGCGCUCCUGCUGCGCGGACGAGGGAGGAGAGGCUACGCCUGGCCCCUGGCUGCAUGCGCCGCCGUUGUGACUGACCAUGGACGAGUACAGGCCGCGACGGUCGCCGGCGAGCGAGCGGUUCAUCGGGAUGUUCGCGUCGCCGUCGUCGUCCCCGACGGAGCCGUCGUUCGUGGCAGGGGAUGAGCUCCAUGAGGACGACUUCCUGUUCUCGUCCUCCCCCGCCGCGCCGCCCUCGAGCGCGCGGCCGGGGGAGGGGCCCGGGAGCCCGAGCCGGGUGCCGCAGGGGCAGGUCGGGCUCCUCGCCGCGUUGCACGAGGGGGACAAGAGGCUCCUGCUCCGCCGUGGCGGUGGGGGAGGAGGGGGCGCGGCCGCUGCCGCCGCGGCUUCCGCGGGGACGCUGCUCCGUCGCAAGGCGACCAUCGCGGCCGCCGCCGCCUCGGCGUCCGGCGGCGGCGGCUCGUUGUCGCCAACCCAGUCCCCGACCUCUGCCGCCCGGGCCAUCCCGAUGACCCCGAGGCCGAAGAGCGCCGGGCCAGCGGCGCCGUACCACCAGUCGGCUCCGGUGAAGGUGCCCGUCCGCCCGCCCCGGAGGCAGGAGAUGUUCAAGUGGGACGAGCUCGACGACGACGACUUCCUCCGGAACGGCGACGCCGCCAUGCUGCCCCCGCACGAGAUGGUCGCGCGCGCGUCCGCCGGCGGGGCCGGCCCGGCCGCCCCGUUCUCCAUGCUCGAGGGCGCCGGUCGCACGCUCAAAGGCCGUGACCUGCGGCGGGUGCGCGACGCCGUGCUCCGGCAAACCGGUUUCCUCGACUGAAUUCCGCAAAGGUGAUGUGGCUCUGGCUUUUUGUUCAGGUCCGCAUGCUCAGUGUCGUAGAUCGGUUACAUUUUAGGGUAUAAUUCUAGUGGGUUAUUGGUGUAGAUCGAGAAGUAAAACCAGAUGGUAAGGCAACAAAUUGAGUUGGUUUUUUUUUAAUGCAACUGCUUGCAAUUUUGGUGCCCUUGGAGGUGUGUGCGUGCGUGUGUAUGUGAGUGUGAUAUUACUGUGAGUUUCAACAGUAAUGAGAACUGGUGUCCUGCGUUUGGGAGCUCUCUGUAAUUCAGGAGGAGCAAUUUUGUUUAAGGUUGUUAACCUGUUAGGUGUAUCUAUCUUGAUAAUUGUCUGAGACC